GUAGAAAAAAGCCGUCGUCGCCGCCCGCUACUGGAGAAACUCGCUUGCAAGCCGGAGCUGCAACGUGUCCCGUCGGCGCUCGCUUUGCUGGGCUAUUUUUUUUUUUUUGCAGAGCUCUGCUUCGGGAGCGGCAUCUUUUGGAGACGUCAGAAGGAAAGAAGCACCCACCAGCACCCACACGUCUCUGCAAGCCGUCCACCUUUUCCUCUGUCCACCUUUAAAUUUUGGGGAUUGGGCUGCAUUUCUCCAGCGCAAUGAAGGGUUGUCAAAAUGACUGCGCCACUGGAUGUAUGGAGGCAGCCACAAAGCAUGCGAUCGAAUCUUUCAAGGCUGCUGAUCUAAUCAUCACCCCGUCUGCAACUUUCAAAGAGAAGCCAGACCCGAAAGGCCUGGUGUUUGGGACUGUCUUCACCGACAACAUGCUCUUCAUCGAAUGGUCGCUGGCUUCCGGCUGGGAGAAGCCUCACAUCAAACCUCUGGAAAACCUCUCGCUGCACCCCUCUAUCUCUGCUCUUCACUACGCCGUAGAACCAAGAGGACUGACAGAGGCGAAACUGCUCCAAAUGCUAUGGCUCAAUGAAUAUACACUGUUCGAAGGCAUGAAGGCGUACCGAGGGGUGGAUGGCAAAAUCCGCUUGUUCCGUCCGGGACUCAACAUGGACAGGAUGCUGCGGUCAGCUCUGCGGGCAACUUUGCCAGGAUUUGACAAAGAAGAGCUUUUGGAGUGCAUCCGGAAACUCGUGGAAGUCGAAAAGGAGUGGGUGCCGUACUCGACCGCUGCUAGCUUGUACAUUCGCCCUACGUUAAUUGGGACAGAGCCGUCCCUUGGAGUCAAGAAGCCGUCGAAAGCCCUCCUCUAUGUCAUACUGAGUCCUGUGGGCCCGUACUUUUCGAGUGGCAGCUUCAAUCCCAUAGCCUUGUGGGCAGAUCCAAAAUACGUCCGAGCCUGGAAAGGAGGAACCGGGGACUGCAAGCUGGGAGGGAACUACGGCUCCUCUAUUUAUGCCCAGCGGGAAGCCAUGGAAUUAGGCUGCCAGCAGGUUCUCUGGCUGUACGGAGACGACCAUCAGAUUACGGAAGUCGGGACCAUGAAUCUCUUCCUGUACUGGCGAAAUGAAGAUGGAGAAGAGGAGCUGGCGACCCCACCCCUAGACGGCAUCAUUCUUCCUGGCGUGACAAGACAGAGCAUUUUGGACUUGGCAAGCAAGUGGGGAGAAUUCAAGGUGUCAGAGCGAUACGUCACCAUGAGCGAUUUGAUAGCUGCUUUGAAGGAGAAUCGAGUGAAGGAGAUGUUUGGUGCUGGGACGGCUUGCGUUGUGUGCCCCAUUUCUACAAUAUUAUACCUUGGCGAGCAUUUGCACAUUCCAACCAUGGAAAACGGACCUCAACUAGCUACUCGUUUCUUGAACCAGCUGAGCGAUAUCCAAUACGGAAGGGAAGACAGCGAGUGGGCGGUCAUCGUGUCGUGAGCGGGGAAGAGCGGCGAAGGCCCAGACCUUCGGUCCACACCACACGGCAGGCUGAAGUACCACCUGAGCGAUGACCAGUUUUACCGUAGCUCUGUGUAGAGUAGUCUGUGUGUUUAUCACUUUGUCCCUGGGCUGGGAGGGUGAUUAUUUCCACGUGACAGGGAGUGUGAACACAAACCGUUUUUGAUUUUUCUACUGUGAUUUUUUGCUCUAGAGUAGAAACCUGUCUUCUGGUAGAGGUGCUAGUGUAAGCAAUAGACACUUUCCCCCUGAACGGUUUGCUUU